GCUGCAGGAAAUGCUGUCAAGCGAGCAUCAGACAAUCUUGUCAGGGCGGCCCAAAAAGCAGCAUUUGGGAAAGCAGAGGAUGAUGAUGUUGUGGUCAAAACAAAGUUUGUGGGUGGCAUUGCUCAGAUCAUUGCAGCCCAAGAAGAAAUGCUGAAGAAGGAAAGAGAGCUCGAAGAGGCAAGGAAAAAACUGGCUCAGAUCCGCCAACAGCAAUACAAAUUUCUACCCACGGAGCUGAGAGAAGAUGAGGGUUAA